GAGCCGUGGGCGCGGGGGCAGCAGCAGCAGCGGCGCCGCGGCAACAACAACAACAACAACAACAACAGCAGCAACAGCAGCGGCAGCAGCAGCGGCAGGAGAUGCCUCUGGUUGCACUGCUUGUGCUGCUGCGCCCUGCUCUUCCUUCUUGUGACUCUGCAGGUGAUGGUAGAAUUGGGACAAUUCGAAACAAAGGCAAUAAAAGGCGAGGAACCACACAGUGACCGAGUGGCAGAUUGGAGUCAGUUGAAAGAAACAAAUCAUUUACGGAACACUGUGAAGAAAUAUUCUGACGUGGGAAUUGACUGCCCCAUUAUUCUCUGGUGGUCGCCACUGACUGGAGAAUUAGGCCGACUAGGCCAGUGUGGAGCAGAUACUUGUUUCUUCACUGUUAACAGGACCUAUCGCGAUCAUCACAAGACACGAGCCUUCCUGUUUUACGGCACAGACUUUCAAAUUAAUAGUUUGCCUCUGCCUCGGAAACCCCAUCACGAAUGGGCCUUGUUCCACGAAGAGUCUCCGAAGAAUAAUUACAAGCUCUUCCACGAGCCCUCUGUUACAUUGUUUAAUUACACCUCCACAUUCAGCCGCAACUCUCACCUGCCACUGACCACCCAGUACCUGGAGAGCAUCGGUGAGCUGAAGUCACUUAAGUACAUGCUCCCACUGCAUGUGAAGAACCGGCUGAGGGAACAUUUGGCUCCGUUGGUGUACGUCCAGUCUGACUGCGACCCUCCUUCCGAUCGGGACAGCUACGUGCGGGAGUUGAUGAAAUACAUCCAGGUGGACUCUUACGGAGAAUGUCUACAUAACAAGGACCUUCCGACUAACCUGAAGGAUCCUACGACCAUGGAUGACGAUGCAUUCUACGGGAUUCUCGCUCAGUACAAAUUCAUUCUUGCUUUCGAGAAUGCUGUUUGUGAUGAUUAUGUCACGGAGAAAUUGUGGAGACCAUUCAAAUUAGGUGCGGUUCCAGUUUACUACGGUUCUCCAAGUAUAGCAGAUUGGCUGCCCAGUAACAAAAGUGCAAUACUUGUGAGGAACUUCUCACACCCCAAGGACCUGGCUGAAUACAUCAUGCAAUUGGACGGUAAUGACCAGGCAUAUGAAGUCUUUCUCGAGUGGAAGCGCAAAGGCCUGAUCUCCAACGAGAAGCUGCUUACUGCCAUGAAAGAGCGUAGGUGGGGAGUCCGAGAUGUUUCCCAGGACAACUACAUUGAUGCCUUUGAGUGUGUGGUGUGCAACGGCGUGUGGGAAAACCUCAGAAGAAAACGAAAGGGCUUAUCACCAAUUGAACGACAGGGACAAGCCAACCAUCUCAGCUGCCCUGAGCCAAAGGCUUUUACCUUCUUGCAGCCCUCAAAUGUGGGGAAAGUCGUCCGAGAUCUGUGGAAGCCAAGCUUUGACCAAUCCAAGCGAGAAGCUGCAGCACUGAGGCACCUCGUAGAACUGAACAAAAACUUCACAGUGGAAAAAUUCUGGAGAAUGGUGUUUAGUGACUAAUGGCAUUGAGAUUUCCCCCCCCCCGAAAUCAUGCCUUUCAACUGCUUCUGAGGGUUGCCAUAAUCCAUAAUAAGUACACUCAGUGACAGGAAUUAUCUGCAAUGCAGAUCUAUUUCACAUGAAAUCCAGCAAAAGAAUUACUAGAAGCCAUAUUGCAGCCCUGUGAUUGUUUAGUUCAAGUAGACUUAACAAUUAACUGCAGGAUCAGUCAACUGAAAACAUCUCAAAUGCAUUUUUUCUCAUGCAUUUGAGAGUUCAGUAAGAACUUUUGCACAUCUCAUGGACCUUGGAAGUAUGCUGUGGUAUGAUACGUGUUUGAAAAGUGCCCUACUAUUUCCGAUGAAGUGUUAAUCCUCUGGAAGGACUAGAAACUUACAGCACAUCGUUGGAGCAGCAGAAAUAGGAGCCUUAGAAACACGUUGUAGUUAUCUCACACCACCGUUGCGAGGCCGCAGAGCCAAGGACUUAACGGAAAGGCUAAAUUGAUGGCACAUAUUGCACGCAGUUUCAUAUCAAGCAAGAUUUUUCAUAAUAGCACAAUACAGACUUGGAUCUGACCAGCAACUAACUCACAAAAAAUUAACUAUGCAAUAGAGACUCCAAGAGUUCUCAGCCUGUCUCCUACCCUCCCUCAGCCUUGCUGGAGGUGGAAUUUGAACGAGUGCCUUUUUGCUAUCUCCAGUCAACUAGUCCAAUGCUUUCACACCUUGAACUUUAGGUAAACUUCAACUCCUGAAGAUUUUUUUUGCUAUUCUUAUGAUAGAUUACACCCAUUAGCCCUGUGGUCACCAACCUGCUUUGGUUCCCUGAGCUGUAAACUCAGUAUGAAAUGUAACUGGUGUUAAUGGGGAAUGUGAUGUUGAGGAUGCCAUCAGAUCUACUUUGAUGACAUUAAAUGGGAUGGAUUGAAAGAUUCCAGGUAUACUGGGCUACUCCCAUUCCUCCUUCAGUUAGUUAUAACAUUCUCAUCCUUAUUUUCCAAUCCCUCAAUGGCCUUCACUUACUCCCUUAAACCUACAGCCCUUCUGGAUCUCUCUUGUCACAUCUGUGCCACACAAAUUUUCUUCACACCUCCCAGGACUGCUCGAGCCUUAAGUUCUGAAACUGCAAAAGCCCCGACAUGUUCUGACAAUUUCUUCCUCCUUAUAGCCUCAUUCCGCCCAAUUAGCUCCUUACAUGAAAAAAAAGUUGUGUUGGGUAUUGCUUCAGUGAGAUGCCUAGGAGUAAAAUCAGAAAACGUUAUAAACACUCCAGCAGGUCAGACGUCAUCUGAGGAAAGAGAAACUAAAUUUAAGUUUCAGAUUGAACACCUUUCAUUAGACCUUGAACAAAGUGUCUUUCAGCUUGAAAUAUUAUCCGCUGACUGACCUGCUAAGUUUUCAACGUUCUUUGUUGUUAUUCAAAUUUCCAGCAAGUGCUUUAUUCAUUAAUUUUCAAACACUUCCAGGUGUCUUACAAUGCUGUGCUUAGAUGCUGUUCUGUAACAAAACAUUCUUGAAUGUA